AUGGAGGCUCGAGCUGAAAAAAGGCAUUCCUGUGGGACCAUCUGUCUGAAAUAUCUACUGUUUCUCUUCAACAUCUUAUUCUGGGUUAGUAAACUAACUAAAAUUGUUUAUUAAUUCUCUGUAUAUAGGGCAAUAAAAUCCUCUAUAAAUAGGGAUUUUCUAAAAAAAAUGUAAUACUGUAAACUAGCCGAUGCCUAUGAUGAGAGAGCGUGUCAGCUGAAGGCCAAUAUAUAAUGCAGAUGUCACUUUUUUUUAACAUUUGCAAAAUACAACAAUAAGCAAACAAUUUAUCAAAUAGGCUAAAUGUAUAUGAAAAAGUGAAAUACUGCCAUGAGAAACUUUUGAAUUUCUAAAAUUAUCUAAAGAAUAAUCUAUCUGAAAUUAGUAUAAAAAUAAAAAAUGCAAAAUAAAUAAUGGGGUUAGAAUAACACAAACAAACAUGUAGAUAUAUCAUUCCAUGCACAAUACAACCUAAUCUUAACACAGUUAUCUUAACUAGUACCAUGUUUUAGAUGGAUUUGAUGAAAAAGUUAAAAAAAACAAAAACAAACAUGGGCUUAUGCUUUUGAUUUCAGAACAUGACUGACAAUAUAAAUCUUAACAGAAUGUGUUAUAAACACUAGGCAGUGACUGUUUUAGAUUUAAGAUGCUAUUAUUGGAGAUGGGAAAGAGGAUCCCACAUAUAGAAAAGAUAACACUGAUGUCAGCCUUCAGAGGUAAAAAUAUAUAUGCAUAUAUAUUCAGUAAAGGUUGUGAACUAAAGCUGUAAAACUCUCACGCUAAAAAUGAAUCCCACUCCCGCCUUAGGGACUUAUAUAGACCCUGAGGGGGCACCAAAAUCAACCUUAACAAAGAACAUUAGACUUAGAUCUCUAGACUUAAUCAAGAGUGAUAUAAAAACCCUUUUUUAUAAACAUAUACUGCACACAAUGAGAGAAUAAGCCAAUGUUUUGUUGUCUGAUAAUUGUGCAUUUUUUAGCUGGCAGGCGGGGCCGUGCUGGCAGUGGGGGUGUGGACUCUUGUGGAAAAGAGUGACUACAUCAGUUUACUCAACUCCAGCUUGUACUCCGCCUCAGCUUAUAUCCUGAUAGCUGCAGGAGUCAUUGUGAUAGUGACUGGGAUCAUUGGCUGCUGUGCCACUCUGAAAGAGAUGAAGAGUCUUUUGCUUGUGGUAAGGCAGUACAGUAUCACAACACACUGCUCCACAGACGAGAUUUUCACUAAACACCACUUUAACACUGACCCCAUUUUAUGAUACGAAAUUUGAAACCGACAGGAACACUUUUAAGUUCCUGUUUAUACACACACACACACACACACACACACACACACACACACACACACACACACACACACACACACACACACACACACACACAAAACCUGAAAGUUAAUCCUUGCUGACCUCCUGUCUUGUCUGCCCACAUUCAUGUUAUAUCAGAGAGGAGUGACUGUCAAAUAUAACAGACAGAGUCAUGCAGAGUGUGUCUUUAAAAGUUUAGAUUUAGAGUGCAGCUCAUGGCAGAGGUAUGAGGGGCAUCAGAGGCUGCUGCUUUGACUCAUCAGGCAGACAGACAGGCAGACAGGCAGACAGACAGACAGGCAGACAGGCAGAUGGAUGGAUAUAGUAAGAGGAUAUUAUACAGGAGCAGAGCUGCACAUGCUCUGUGAUGUAAUGUCUGCAUUUACCACCACCCUUUUGAAUAUAUUCCUAUAGUACAGUUCAGUCAUUUACUUAGUAUAGUGUAUUUAUGGUAUAAUCUUGGACAGAAAUACACUGCAGCCCUACCGGAAAACUGCGAGCAUCCAUUUUAUUUAUUUUCUAUUGAUCCAAAUCCAUGUUGUUUCAGUAAUUUUGUCUCUCCUCCUCAGUAUUUGAUCUUGUUGCUCUGUAUUUUCCUGCUGGAAAUCAUUGCCGGUGUGCUGGCCUACAUUAAAUACCAAGAGGUAGAGUGCUUUUUCAGUUUGUAUAUGUAUUUGUAAAUAUAUCUGACAAUAAUAACGUUAUUUUUAACAUUAAUAUUCCUAAUAAUGUUCUUAAAGCUGUUGGUUUGUAUUGGCACUGAUGCCCCCCUGUGGACAAAAUGAAAUCCCCUUUUGUUUGUCCUGUACAUGUGAAAAUAUUCUUUUCAGACAAAACACUUCUCCUUUUGUCCCUGGAAAGUUACAUGCAUCUCUUACUGAGAAUAUUUGUCAUGGAAAAAGUCAGAAAAAGUUAUUUCUUCAGCCUGUUUUCAGUUAUCUGGUCUAACACCUACCCCCUCACAGCAGUUUCAGGUGUUGAGAUUAUGUCAAAGAAAAACUCAAUCUUGUUUCUAAUGAUCUUGUUUGUAUUCAAAUGUCAUAUUGAGGCAUCAGUAUCAGUUUCAGCCUGUUUCUCAACCAGUUAAAAUUCCUCACAGUACCUUUAAACCAUGUGAAUGCCUAAUUAUACGUCAUCUGGAGUUUAAAUCUCACUCCAGCACAGUAAGAGUUUGACUUUUCAUGCUGCAUGAAUUUAGAUAGUAUUAUUAAAUUCAUUUUUACCAAGGCUUAAUGUGACUUUCAACUCUGCUGCUUGUUUUCAUCUUCCAUGAAACACCUCAUUUUCUGCCAUUGUGAAAUCCAAGCAUGCCUCUCUGUGCAUGUUCUUCAAUUGUCCUGUUUUUCCUUCCUUUCACACAACUCUUCUUUCCGUCUUUUCUUCAUCUCCAGUGUUUUCCUCUGUGCUACCAGGUAAUCUGCCUCCACCACCUUAUCCAUUUCAUAUCAGACUGUUUAUCCAACAGGCUGAUAUCAAAUGGCUCACUUUCACUUUAUGCAUUUUGUCAGUCAAGCUGCAAGACUUUUGCAAAUCCAUACAAAACCAGCUCAUGUGGGGUAGGGAGCUGGGUCAGAGAGGAGCUAUGCUCAUAUGUUGGGAGUUAUGUGCAGGCAUUGCACAGGUACCGAAGAAUGUUACAAGGGAGGAGGGAAACUUGACCGCAGGCUAUUUUUAUUGAUGAGAGGGGGAUUUGCAGGUGACAGAUGAUUUUCCUGCACUAUCACUGAAGUGCUUUUCUUGUCCCACAGCUGGACGAGGAUCUCAGACAGAACCUGCAGGUGACCAUGCAGCAGAAAUACCAGCAACCUGGAGAAGACAGCGUAACACAAGCUGUGGAUAGACUUCAGGAGGAGGUGUGGAAGUACAGAAGACGAGUCUUCCGUAUGGAAGUGACCCUACCUAAAUAUUUGAAAUUAGAGCAUAUAUACAAUGCUUCAUAUACAACGAGUCAGCAUCAAGUGCUAGUUUAUCCAGAUAAUGUUAAGUUUCAUAUGACACUUCUUAUUCUCGGCCUGCACCGGGUCUCUCCCUCAGUUCAAGUGUUGUGGCAGUCAUAACUCCUCUGACUGGAUGGACAGCGUUUGGAUCCAAGCCAAUAAGCGGCUGGUCCCUGACAGCUGCUGUAAAACUCCCAGUGAGCUCUGUGGUCUCAGGGACCAUCCCUCUAACAUCUACAAGGUGGAGGUAGGCAAAGCUCUCCAUUUGGCUGUGGAUAAUGUCAAAAACCUUUAUUAUGAUCUGUAUUUAUUCAACUUCCUGAUGAUUCCAGGGAGGCUGCAUCAUGAAACUAGAGGAAUUUAUUCUGAGUCAGCUGUAUAUCCUUGGUGCAGUGGGCAUUGGGAUUGCAUUUUUACAGGUAUGAUUUCUUCCAUUCAGCAUAAUAUCUGUCUAUAGCCUCAACUCUUUCUUCUUCAUUUUAAUGGUGAGCAAAAUACCAAGAGUAGAUCUGUGGUUGUGUUCAGUUUGAAACUUAUCUGGUUUUAUGUUCUUUCUUUCAGCUUGUGGGGAUGAUGUUUACUUGCUGCCUUUAUGGAAAUUUAAAAGAAGAUCUUUACUGA